AUGAACAAUUUCUAUGCGCAUGUCGGAGUAGACGCUAAAGAGUGGAACGGCGUGAUUGGAGAAAACGGCCCUAGCGACCUCAGCAAACUUAUGUCCAUUAUGAACACCUUCUUCGAGCAUCGAAAAGUGCACCAGUACGCCUGGUACCGGGAAGCUAGUGCAAAAAAGUCCAUGAUCGAUUUGAUAAUCGUAUCGUCUGAGUUAAGAGAGGACCAUAGAUGUCAACAUGUUAUCACUUUGCUAUUGGCAUUUUCCGCUGUAAACGAUGGAUCACCAUUGGAGAAUCAAAUGAUAAGCACUCUCGUCUAUGGAUACGAGGGUAAAACUUGCAAACAGUACGGCGGGACGGUUUCAACAGAUCGUAGUGACGGCGUCUGA